CUCUUAUCUCCAUAGGAGAAUAUAAUACUCCAUAAAAAAAAAUGGCCAGAUUUUCAUGAAACAACUUUGUGGAAGACCAAAAAAAAGGAAAAACGAAUUUUCCAAGAAUCCAGCAAAGUAGAGAGGCUAGCUAGCAAGAGCUGCAGAGAUUGGGCUUAAUCUAGAAUAUAAAACUCCAGUUAUAUGGUGCUGUUUUGCAGAAGUGAAGGGAAAAAAGCCUGUUUGUAUCAUUUGAAGAGACAAAUUAUUUAAAGGUUCAAAAGCUAAAUCAGGAUGGAGCCACCUCCAAUAAUCUUAGAAGAUCCAGAGGAAUGUCACAGCAGUGAAUCUGGAUGGACCAUGUAUAUUGGGUCCCCAAUAGAUGAGGAUAUGGGACAUUGUGAUAAUGAUGAUGAUGAUGAAGUGAAUGAUGAUAACAUGGAUUUUGAAGGCACUCAAGCUGAUCCAAAAGUUGAAAGUGAUGAUUCUAUGGCUUCUGAUGCUUCUUCUGGACCAAGUCAUUAUGGAAUUAAUCCAUUGGAGAAUAGCGAAGGAGGCUAUAAUGGCUUCACACAUUUCCAGCAAAAGGAGGAAGAGGAAUAUGACAAGGACAAGUGUUGCUUAGAUCACAAGAAUGCAAGUAAAACUAAAGAAAAUCAAAUAGCAGAAAAAAGUGUGGAAAAGAAAGAGAUGGUUUUCAUCAAUAGCAAAGGUAAGGGACCAGUUCAGGGCGGUCGCAAGGUCAAGGUGAGAAAAAAUCACUAAGUGGGAACAAUGAAAAUUAAAUAUGAAAUAGAUGUGUUUAUGUUACAUACUAUUCCAAGGCAUCAGUCUUGGAGUCGCAUAUUAGUUAUGUGGGUAACUAAUAUGGUAUUUAUAUCGAUUUUGAGUUCUUCAACCUCUCGAGAUAAC